AACCCUAACCCACUCAACCCUAACCCUAACCCACUCAACCCUAACCCUAACCUUAACCCCAACCCCAACCCUAACCCUAACCCACUCAACCCUAACCCCAACCCUAACCCCAACCCUAACCCUAACCCUAACCCCAACCACCCUUUCCCCAGCCAACAACCACCGGACUUCUACUCAGACAACACCGUACUCAACCUCUCCACCUUAUUCACACCCACCCCAGCACAACGUCAACUCCUCGAAAAAGGCCUCACCUUCAUCCCCACACCCACAACCCUCGACAGGGGGGAACUUGAAAGGGAUAUACUCAACUAUCACAGACGACUCAAACUACAGGACUAUUUCAAAAACAAAUCAACUACUAAAACCACCCUCACCUACCCCUCCACCUGGACACCCAACUCCUCACAAAUAAACACAAAUAUUCUUCAGUUAAUUAACAGAGACCUAAAUUCCUUAAAUAAACAUAAACCUACCCCAACUCCCCAACCAGAUAACUUAACCCCGGAAGAAAGGAAAGCCCUCCACCAACUCAUCCACCAAAACAACAUCAUAAUCAAACCCGCAGACAAAGGCUCAAAAAUCAUAAUCAUGGACAGACAGCAAUAUCUCCUGGAGGCAAACAGACAACUAUCCAACCAAAAAUACUACCAACCCAUCCCUGAAACAAUCCAGCCCCAAACACAAACAGAAAUCCGACAGAUCAUCCAAUCCCUCUGUGAAAAUAAAUACAUCACCGGUAAACAACGCGACUUCCUCUUCGGCCCGGACACUCCCAGACAACGACACUUUUACCUCCUCCCCAAAAUACAUAAAGACCCUCAGACCUGGACUGUUCCCUUUCAAGUUCCCCCAGGAAGACCCAUCAUCUCAGACUGCUCCAGUGCCACAUACAACCUCUCUCUGUACAUUGAACAAUUUCUCGGUCCACUUUCCACCAAACACCCCAGCUAUAUUAAAGACACCUACCACUUCAUAGAACUCAUCCAGUCCCAAAUACUUCCGUCCUCAGCCUACCUAUUCACCAUCGACAUUGACAGUUUAUAUACUAACAUCAAUACCACCCACGGACUCCAGACUCUCAGGACUUGUUUUGACCGCUUCCCUGACCCCUCCCGCCCUGACAGAGAACUCCUCCAACUCAUCAAAAUAUGCCUCUCCAAUAAUGACUUUUCCUUCAAUAAUAAACAGUACCUGCAGAUCCACGGGACCGCCAUGGGCCAGAGGUUCGCCCCAUCUUAUGCCAACAUCUACAUGAAUAUCUAGAUGACAUCAUAGGAGCCUGGACCCAUAGCCUAACACUCUUUCACGAAUUCAUCGACAUCCUCAAUAACCACCAUCCAUCCAUUAAAAUCAAACACACUAUCGCCCAGGACCACAUCAACUUCCUAGACACCACUGUUUUUUUUGACAACCAUAAUAACCCCACAAAACAACCCCUCACUAAAGUUUAUUUCAAACAAACAGACACCCACUCUCUCCUCCAUAAAACCAGCUACCAUCCAAAACACACCUUCAAAGGCAUCAUCAAAUCACAAAUAAUAAGAUUCCACAGAAUAUGCUCAAAAACAUCAGACAGGGACACUGCAAUAAAAACUCUUUUUCACUCAUUACAAACACACAGACAAUACAGCAAGAGAUACCUUCGGACCAUCAAAAACAACACACUAGCGGCCCUCUCUCCCGCCCACUCAUCCACGCCCUCUGGCUCCCAGGUAGGUCCCGGGGACCCCACCACCACCUCCGUUUCACCACUUCACCCUCAGCAAACCACCCACAACAGACCUACCUCCAUAAUCCCCUUUGUAUCGACCUUUUCUCUCCCAAACACCAACAUAAUACAACAAAUAAGAACCAACUUCAUCAAUACUCAAACACAACAUGACACCUUGGAAAACUGCCGACUACUAUUAGCUUUUAGAAAGAAUCCCAACCUACAAAAACUAUUAAUAAAAUCCAAAUUCACACAAAACAAACCUCCGACCAAAACACCACACUACAAUAAAUACAAACACAUACCCACUAUCCACAACAGACACACCAACAAAUCAGCACCCAUCUCACAACAAUACAACAUCCAUUCCACCAACAUGAUAUAUGCAAUAACCUGUUCAACAUGCCACAAAAUAUACAUUGGAGAAACCCAAAACUCAAUACUCACCAGACUCAAACAACACAUCUACAGAGCUAGGGAAGGUGGACUGACCACGACCCUUUACACUCACCUCCGCAGCCACCAGACUCCAGACUUCACUAUCACAGGCCUGGAGGGAAACAAGAACUGGACCACCAAAACUAGGAAAUAUCAAGAAACAAAGUGGAUCAACCGACUACAAUCAAGAACACCAGGGGGCCUCAACGAGAAAUAAAACCUCUGAGAACUGUUUAUUUUCAGCACCACCCCACAGGGACAGCAACCAAUCCACCAACAUCUCAUCUCCACCCUGCCAUCUCCACUCCAUCACUGCUGCCUGGACUUGCUCACCCCAUAUACUUCAUCUGCUCUCUCCUCUCUUCUCAUCACCCACCUGCUACAAUAAAACCAACUUCUUCUAGAUACUCGGGGACCAGUAGGCCCGUGCAAUAAACGAAACCCCGGAACCGAAGCUCUAACCCUCAC